GUGGUACUGUACAUGAGUGGGACCGGGGAGGGAGGAGCGAUUGUAGUAUUUCUCUUCAUUUCAAAUCCCUGUCGUGGCAGCACUGGUAAGCCAGAGGACUUUUCUCCCCUUAAAACUAAGGGGAAAACCCACCAGCGAGAGCCUAGUGCACGUCCUAAAGAGCAAACGGAGGACUUUGGGAGGAGGAACCAGUAGUUUGAAGGCACGCUGCGGUGGUAUCGGCUCGCUGUGUGCACUAGUGUCUCCACACUUGCACUUGGAUACACGAAGCAGGACGUUUUCACUGAUCUGCGACUCGCAGGAACCCCGUGAUCUCCCUGAAACCCGCCAAACGUUCACACGGACGGCGGCUUACAGUUCCAGAAGACCCAGGCCUGGUGAAAGCAUUAACCAAAAACAAAGCCCAACAGGACACUGACCUCAUCACAUAUUGCUGCAUUAUCACUGGUCAUCUGAGUUGGAGAGUGAGGCGGGCUUGGUUUGCGAGUGUCGCUCCGCAGAGCCGUCCGAUGACUAUCUGACUCAUCACAACCCGCGAAUGACAGGCGUGCAUUCGAAGGUGGGGCCCGCCUCAGUCUCACAUGAUUGGCUGCUGGAUGGAAAUAAGGUGAAUGGAACACAUGCCCAAGGAGCAGGACCCAAACCAAUCAGAGGGAGAAGAGAAACGGUGGCUCGAUGGCCCGAAAAGAAAGAGAAAGAACAGCCAGUGUUCGGUGAAGAGCAUGUCUGGGUACAUCCCCAGCUAUCUGGAUAAGGAUGAGCCGUGUGUGGUGUGCGGAGACAAAGCUACCGGCUAUCACUACCGCUGCAUCACCUGCGAGGGCUGUAAGGGAUUCUUCAGGCGCACCAUCCAGAAGAACCUCCACCCCUCUUACUCAUGUAAGUACGAUGGCUGCUGCAUCAUCGACAAGAUCACCCGCAACCAGUGCCAGCUGUGCCGCUUCAAGAAAUGCAUCGCCGUGGGCAUGGCCAUGGAUCUGGUUCUGGAUGACUCCAAGCGGGUUGCAAAGCGGCGAUUGAUUGAGGAGAACCGUGAGAAGCGGAAGAAGGAGGAGAUGGUCAAAUCCCUGAAGACUCGACCAGAACCCACCAGCUCAGAGUGGGAGCUGAUCCGUAUGGUGACAGAAGCUCACCGCCACACCAAUGCACAGGGCUCUCACUGGAAACAGAAACGCAAGUUCCUGCCGGAGGACAUCGGACAGUCUCCAGUGGCCCCCACAUCAGAUGGGGACAAAGUGGAUUUGGAGGCCUUCAGCGAGUUUACCAAGAUCAUCACCCCAGCCAUCACACGUGUUGUUGACUUUGCCAAAAAACUGCCCAUGUUUUCGGAGCUGCCUUGUGAGGAUCAGAUCAUCUUGCUGAAGGGCUGCUGUAUGGAGAUUAUGUCUCUACGUGCUGCGGUUCGGUAUGACCCGGAAAGCGAGACCUUGACGCUGAAUGGAGAGAUGGCUGUUAAACGAGAGCAGCUAAAGAACGGAGGGCUGGGUGUUGUGUCUGAUGCCAUCUUUGACUUAGGCAAGAGUCUGGCACAGUUCAACCUGGAUGACACAGAGGUGGCCCUACUCCAGGCCGUACUGCUUAUGAGCUCAGAUCGAACAGGCUUGACAUGCGUGGAGAAGAUUGAGAAGUGCCAGGAGAUGUACCUCCUAGCGUUCGAACACUACAUCAACUAUCGCAAGCACAACAUUCCUCAUUUCUGGCCCAAGCUGCUGAUGAAGGUGACGGACUUGCGCAUGAUCGGAGCCUGCCACGCCAGCCGCUUCCUGCACAUGAAGGUGGAAUGCCCCACUGAACUCUUUCCCCCACUUUUCCUGGAGGUCUUUGAGGAUCAGGACGUGUGACAUCCCAGCGUGCCACAGCAGGAGAAUCAACAACGUUUUGUAACCCGUUUUCCUCUACCCGUCUCACCCCCCUCCACGCACCAAACUCACCAGCAGCAGCUGCAUUGGCAGGGGUCAUCUUCAGAAAGGCUUUCAUACAGGGGGGUUUAAGUCGAAAAAAAAAAUUGUUUCGUUUUUUCACAGAAAACUCAGCCCUCCCACAUCUACUAAAUUCCCCACGUGUGGCCCUUCUGUCUCGGCAUGAUGUCUUAUACUGGUUUACCAACACCUUAGACACAGAAUAUACAUCUACAGACACACACACACACACUCCUGUAAGUGUGCUUACAGAUGCAGUACUCCAAUGAGCUUGAAUGCAUUUGUGCACGUACAGACUGCACUACUGUCACGCCACCACUGGGGGUGCCCUCUGCUAAGACUGGAUGGCAGCUGGCAUAUAGAUUCCUCCGCCAGGUCGUGAAGUGGUCAGUUCAUUUGGUUGAUUGAAAUCUCGGCGUUCUCCUGAGAUUGACCCUCGGCAUCUCAAGCUCUACGCUAGCAUGGACCUUCUUUAACAAGACCACAUGAUUUCUCUUCGAUAUUGAGCCUGUGUGUGUGGAGCGGGAGGAAUUUUCUGAACCAAAUCAGGUGCUAUAUUUAAAUAAAGCUACUCGAAAUGAUUUGGGACUUUUCAAGAAUAUAUCUCCCUCCGUACUCAGUAGGACACGGACCGUUGAAAGCUCUCGGUCACCUUUUUAGUGCUCAUUCAGGGGUGCCACUCUGCGACUCUAUGUGUGGUUCAUCCAUGGCAUUGUCUGGGCUUAGUUGUGGACUCUUUGAGUCCCUCUUUGUCCCAGGAAUGUCACGCAGAGAGAUGAAAAUCCAGGCGCCCCUACACUUCCAAGCCGCACUGAUUUGUGUUUUACAAGUGUCGAGAGGGAGCCAGUAUUACCAUACUCCCAGACCCAUCACACACACACACACAAACGUACUAAAACAAACACCUCAAAACUCGAAUGCCUCAUUUUUACUGUAUGCACUGCAGUGCUGUAGUUCUGGACUCCCAUGCAGGGCUUUGAGAGUUCAGUCCAGCCCAUCUGUGUUCCGCUCAGAUGCUACUGUUGCCCGGUCUGUGCGAACACACGCGCACACUCCUGUCGGGCCAUGGCGGACUGGCUGUUGUUGAUGUUUUUUGUUUGUUGUUUUCGUUUUACCUCAAAUGUGGGCACACCUCCGGCUGGCUGUGGCUCCUAGACUGCCUCUGUGCUGACAGGUUCUACCUCACCUCUGGACACAGGGCAGCUACCCUCAGCCACACACACACACACACACACAUUUACACACACUUGUAUUCACACACACUAACAGCCAGGAUAGAAACAGUUGCAGACACAGUUUCUUCUCAGUUAUGUUGAAAUACCACUGUAGACAGGAGGGCCUGCCAUUCCUCAUCAUUGCCUGUCAGAUUUCUCCGAGGCCUCUUCACUCUGGGCUGAGAGAAAAAACUAUUCUGGAUGGGCUUUUUUUUUUUUGUUUCUUUACGUGUGGGACCAAGUGUCACAAGUGUAGUUUUUCAGCAGACGGCAAACUACAUCCCGCUGACUACGAAGAGGAGUCGCGGAGAGAACUUUAGAUGAAGGACCCGAGCUGGUCAGUCCUGAGCCGAAUGGGUCUACCGCUGUUUCCUUCUUUCAAUACCAAGCAGUAAUUUGCAAAGUGGAGCUUGGAGUCGGCUGGUUUCUUCAUGGUGGGGCAGGGGAAGUAAGGAAGCUAGCAGUUGAAUGAUAGCACUUAGUUUUGAAAGAACCAAAUAUUCAGAAACGAUUCAACCCCGGGCACCUUUCAAGGAGUUUUUGCACUAAGGCAUGAUGGGUCCCACCUUGCAGCUCCUCCAGUUCAGUCGCAUGUUUUCCAAGGACACGACCCCAACCUCUCUGUCAAACAGAGGCCACACCUUCAUGUGCUCCUGAGCACACCAUCAGAGUCAGUAUUAAAUCAAGCAAUGUCCUCAAAAAACGAUGAAACACUCAUUUACGAAUAGACCUCCGUGUCCCCGCCCCUCGAAGCCUAAAGUGGCUUGAGACUAACACCCAACUGAAAUGGGCCUUUCCUUUGUGAGACAAAGGAGCAGCCGAGCCAUGCAAAGAAUGGCAGCACCGAAUGAAUGUGAACGAGGAGCAGCAGAAUGAAAGAGCCAGGACGAGGAGUUGCUCUAUAACGAGGUUGUGAAGGAAGACAGCCAAUCAGAACGAGAGGAAAUGUGAGCAUUCCGUGAUCACCCUGCAUGGAUUUCCAUCUUGGAAUAGGAGUAACGCAGCAGUGGACCCCGAUUGGCUGCUCGAGUGAACGCAAAGGGUUUCGAUGCUGCUUUACUUUUUAAUUUUAUUUGAGAGAGAUAGAAUAAGAAAAAAAAAACCGAAAUGAUAAAAUAAUUACAAACCCAGAAAACAAAUAAAAAAUGACUCCAGAACAAAGAGUUCAAAUCUCGGAGCUUGAGCUGUUUGUUUUUAUUUCUUUUUGUUUUGAACUGAAAUGUGUGUGUUCGUUUUCAAUGCUUAACUGCUCUAUGUAAGAGAGAAAAACAACAGCCGUAGUCACUUUUUGACCAUGCGUGCAGUGUAAACUAGAGAAUUUCUCCUUUUUCACCUCACUAUAGUUUGUAAUGAUAAGUCGACUGCUCUGUUUGUUUGUGUAUCUGUCCAUCGUCUUUUUAUCAAGAGGACAAGAAACAGGAAUAUUUUCUUUUUUAUAUUUUGUUUUCUUUUUUUUUUGUAUCAAAGAAGACCUAGAAGAAAAAAAAAAACAUGAGAAAUAAUGCAAAAGAAACUGAAAAAAAAAAAACUGAAACACAAUCUACUCAUACCUCACACAACACAAAGCUUAAAUGAACUUGGGAGGAGUGCUUCUCUGCGUGGCACUUGUGUCAAAUGCGUCCGGUGCAUGUGUUGAACUGUACGAUGGGGUGUAUGUGCGCAUGAGCGUUCAUGUGAUCGCGGAAGCACGCGGCCUCCUCCUUUGGCCUCGAAAGCCCAUCUGUUUCAGAUUUGCACCAGUUGCAUGCAUUAGCCUCCGUUUGCGAAUGGUGUCACCGUUGCUGAUGCGAUGGGCCAUGAUGGAAGCGGACGGGAUGCGGUGUGGCUGGAAGGCUGGAAAGGGAGUCGUGUGCAUCCGUGACAGCAGAGAGCGCUUUGUGGUAUUGAAUGUAGCUGACAGGACUGGGCUGGAACCGAGCCCGGGAACUAGAACCUCACUUCAGGUCACCAGCAAGAGUGGACAGUGCUGUCAAAAUGAUGUUACACAAACAGCUUACUAAGCGCAUAUUGCCCACCUUCAAGGUGCAAUACUUGUGUUUUGUUUUGUUUCGUUCUUCUUUUUUGUACUUUUACCAGUUUUUUGGCCAUAACCAAGGAUGUAAAUACAAAACGAAAAGAUAUUGAAAGAUUAAAUCACUAUGUGUUAACCAUAUGCAACCGUCACAUACUGGAUGUCGACGCCAGAACGCAGCCGGCUGAUCCCAGUGUUUUUGUAAAGUGAAUCUGCUUACAUAGUUCUGUAAAUGCUUCACACAUCUGUACGUGUGCUUUGGUGCACUCGCAAACGUGCAUGUUCAAUACAAAUAUGAAGAAAAAGUGCCCCAUGAAAUUAUCAAUCUAACCCUGUGCCUCCGCAACCCUCUGCCCCACACUCAAACUGCUCUUUCCGACUGGGUAGUUAGACGUACAUUUGUUCGCUAGGUCAGAUUGCUGGUAGAGACGUACAAUAGUUGGGGAAAGUCUGGUACCCAGAAGCACUUAGCUGGCCUCACUUCUGCCAUUCAGUUUCCUCAGAGGAGAACAGUAGAUACUGGUUUUGUUUAGUUUUGGUGGUGGUGUAGUUUCGUUUUUCGCGUUUUUUUUUUUUGUUUUUUUUUUACCAAAUUUUGUGCUAUCUUUUUUUCUUCUUUAGAAAAAGACAAAAAACGCCCAGAAGCAAGAAUGUCUAUGCAAUGCUAAACCCUAUGAUAGCAUGAUGACUGUGCUAUUGAUCGCUGAUUAGCAGGCAUGCCUCUAAACACCCCACCCCCCCAGAGCCCCACCCACCACAACUGCAUGAGCCUCAGUCAGUUUGUCUUUUCAUUAGUCAGUGUAAAAGUCAAGGGAAGGAUAACCCUAACUGCUGCCUGGGACCUGCUUUGUCAAUCCUCACGAACAUUUGAGGGCGCUAGUUCAACUUUCCACUCAUCUCCAGUGAUGUCAUCUGCUGUCGAGGGACUGCAUUUGUGUUUCUAUGUAUGUGUUUGCGUCGAAUGCUCUCAUGGUUUGGUGGAUUGGUACUACCUAUUAGAAAACAAAAUGGCAUUUCAUAGGUUCAGAAUCAAAAUUUAUUUUGUAGAGACCGACCCAAAACAUUUUUUGAGUUGAAAUUCUUUUCCCUCUCAGCUGUGAUACUGAAUCUCAGACCAAACUCAGUCAGAUUUAGAGCUGAAGUGUGCCAUUUCUUUCUUAAUAUGCAAAAUAAACUACUUUAUAUGUUAAUAUACCUGAUUACUACACAGAGAUUAUUAUAAGUAAGACAUUUAUUGGCUGAUUUCACCAACAACAAAAAAAUGUAACACCAAGGUUGCCAGGUUUUCACUGCAAAACUGCCCAAUUGCUACUCAAAACUAGCCCAAAAUAAACCCAAUCCCCCAGUAAAAAUUGUGUUCUGGGGGGUAAAAAACAGAUUUUUUGAUAGGAUUCCCCUGGUAAAAGUUGCAUUUCAGGAGCUAAAUAUCAUUUUAUUGGGGUUACUUCAACCCACAGACAUGGAAAACAUCCCGCGGCAACACUGUCACUGAGGCACUAUCAGAACAUUUCACAAGCCUGGCAAGAUCUCAACCAAUGGUGUGAUUUUGAGGCGGGGCUAUCGGUUUCAUCUAGCCAAUAGCAGAAGAGGGGGGUAUUUUGGAAACAUGCAGUUCCAUUUAAAGACACUAGUGGUGCAGAAACCGCACACUUCAGCUUUAACACAGUAUGCGAAAGCUUAAAUGAACAAAAGACAUAAAGAAGCAUGCUAUUUUUGAAAUUUAUGUUUGAUUGGCUGCCCUCACCACUGUGAUGUCAACGCCCUCAUUUUCUCUGUUUCCUUUGAAUGUAUCUUAAUUUGAUUAGACUGUGUUUGUGAAUAUGAACUAGUGCUCAUGUGCAAAAUGCACCCAGCCAUGAGAGUGUGAACAGAGAGCGGGGAUGAUGUCCACACCACAGCUGUUUUAAAUGAGACUGGAAAGGAAAGCUAUUGAAGGAUUCUCUCAGGUAUCAACAAAAGAAAAAAAAAGACAAAAAAAAAGGAAAUAUAACAAACUUGUUUUUAAAUAAAUAUUGUAAAAUUCCAGCCAUGCCUUGUUAGCUCAUCAUUCUUUGCUCUCUGAGUUGAAGAUGUGCUUUCGGUGUUCAUGUCCUGUGGUGGUCUUCUCUUUCGUGUUCAUCAGUCGCUCUCUUUCUGCCACAUACACACACAGUUCUCCUGCACUCUUGGGGCUGCUUCAAUGGGACUCAUAAAAGGCAAUCAUGAAAAGCCUAGUGAGAAAACAUCUCUGCUUAUCUAAACAGUAAAGCAUUCAGGCUUAGUAUUUCUGCAAAGCAUAUUUUUGAUACACUAGUGUGUCUGCAGUGGAGUCAAACUCCUCCUACUUAAAGGUGCACUCAGCUGUUGUAGAAAUGCGCUAUUUGCUGUCAGACAAUAUUCUGUAAAUGAACGUUUUUGAUAACAGGUGGUUUACCAAGAUAAUUCAGUUGGGUUUCCAAGUAGCAUUCAGUUGGUCAUGUCUUCUCAAAAUGGUGAACUCAAUGAAGCGACCCAUAAAACUGCUUUUUAUUAGGCUACUGUAAAUGGAUUUACAAUAUUUCAUAUGCAUUUUCAAAAUUAAUUAAAAGUGUGUUCUUCAUAUUAUUAUGAAAAAGUGCACCUUUAAAAUGACUAGUACACAAUACAUUCAAAUGGGAGUCUAACUUUGCAACACUGGUCAACUGUUUCCAUCAAAGUGAAAGACAAAAGUUGUUUAAUCAUAUGAUGACCAUCAUUUCUUGCUCCUCCUGACAUUUGUUAUGGGUUUGGACUUCUGUGCGCAUACUUUUGUGCUGUGGAUAUGUGUCUGCUGGUGGGUGUGUGUGAAUUGUCCACCAUGUGGCUGGAUUUGAUGACUGACCCCUUGAACACGUUUUGAGGUUCUACUGAUGCGGUGUAAAAUCCACUAUUUCUUUGAGGAGCACAGCAGUUCACACUAAGAAUAUGGUGUCAGGUUGGAAAGUGGAGAAUAGCAGGAAGGGAAAUGAGGUCAAUAAUUUGUUUCCAGGUCCAUCUUUAAAUAGAAUCACUAAUGAAUUUCCUGUUGCUGAUGAAGAACUAUUCCACGAUUUUCUGCCCUCUAAUUCUUGCUCUUGCUCACACAUUUUAUUGCAAGUUUGGGCUUCUUUGAAGUUGGAGUGUAAGAUGAAUAAAGUUAUUAUCAGCGGAUGAAAUUAUACUCAAACUGUCAGUUUAUGGAAAGAAACUUUGGCACUUUAUGAUAGGGAAAAAAAUGGUCCUGGUUAGUUUCACUAUGACAGGUAUAAUUCAUAAGUGCAUAUGGGGAUAUUUCAGUCAGAUCUCUGGGUUUUGGUUGUUGUUCCAUGUAGCUAUUCAAGGCUAAAAUGGCCGGGCGUCCUGUAAAUUAGCUGUCAUCCAAAUUUCCUUUAGCACCAGAGUAUGAUUUUUAGUUUGAACAUUCUGUCUUUAGUCAGAUUAAACAGGCUGCUGGUAUUAUAUACAGAGAUGAUUCUGUCAAGCCAUGAGAGAAAUCUAUAUGCAGAGACAGAAAGGAAUGUUUGCACACUAGUUGAACACAAAUGCAUGUAGCCAAUCACACAAAAACUUUUGUGACGCUAAUAUUAUGCAAAGAAAGCUGUUUUGGGAUUCUUAUGCAACGCUUGUCAGGUUUCACAAUGGGUGCUUUUGGUUCAGCCUUGCUCAGGUUUGCUUUCAGGACAUUUUAUGUAGGAUGCUUUUAAAAUGACAUAUUGUACAUAGAAUAAAAUGCAUCCAACAGCCAAGGUCUAUACAGAAGGGUCGCUGUAUGAAGGCCAUCUCUUUCUCGCAGUUCCAUCGACAUUUACGGACCUAGACGCACACAUCUGUUUUGCUGUCAUGUUCGUUCUGUUUCCUCUCAGCGGUCCAUUGACCAACUGCCAAAGCUUCCACAUGUUCAUUUCAUUCAGCUUCUCUUACAGGAUGUGCCUGAUGCUCCAUAAGACAGCAAUAGAAACUCACUGAUUUUUUUUUGUUGUUGUUGUUGUUGUUUACACUGUUGGACUACACGGUACUGUUUAAAUAAUAUUCGCAACAUUACUAAUAAUACCCUGUCUAGUUGUUUCUGUAAUUAGUCUUUUUUCUUAGUGUUAGAUUUUCAAUAUAUCCUCAUCAUGGCCAAAACACGAUUAUUGCGAUGUUUAUAAAGUUUGAAAAUAAUAAUAAUAAUGCUAUCAGUCAAGUACAUAUUUACAUACAUUUUUGAUUUUCAGAAGAAAAUAAAAAUCACCAUCAAAAUAAGGAUCUAAGGAGAUGUAGAGAAUGAUUCUAAAGACUAGGAUUUUGUGCUGCAGUAGUAGCAGCACACACAGCAUUUUCAAUAAAAUAAUAAUUAUAACAAGUGACAUCCAGCUUUAGGGUGUAAUACUGCCCCUACUGUGCUGGAGUGUUUCUUAAAAUUCACUCUGCUUUUGCCAGUGUAGUAAAAGUUCAUUUCAAACCCUGUGAGUAAGUAACCACUAACUCUUUUCCUGACAACCAGCAGGACCACACCAUUAUAAACUGUUUUUAUGAGUAAGUCUCUCCACAUUCAGCGGCCAGGCAGCACUUAGCCUGCAUAUAUCAGGAAGUUACAAUUAACUGCUGUACUGCAAUCAAUCUGAAUGGGCUUUCAAUUUUCCAUCCUUAUUAUAAUCUUUAACACAGAGUGGAGAAACCUUAGUUCUGCAAUUCGAGAAUCAGCAGCAGCACUGAAAAAAAAUUGGAAGCUGGUAUGAAGACAUUUAAUAGCAAGCUAGUUUCAGAAGCACCACAGUGACUUUUGAUUGGCCCCCUGCAGAAAAUGAAAAUAUGAAGUGUUACCUCUUGGGUACAAUGUGGUCAAAAUUUGAUCGCUUUUCUGUAUUUUGAGUAUGAUAGCAGAAAGUAAGCCUUAUUACCGUUCCAUUUUCUCUUUCUCCUUUUUUAACAAUAUAAAAAUAUAACCAGACUUUUCCAUAAACCAGUGUAGAUAUGUAUUGCUUUUGGAUAAAAGCUCAUACUGUACAUUUGAAGGCUUUUCAUGGACUGUGUGCUGUGCAUGCUCAAGUACUUUUAUUGUUGGAUUAUGAGGCUUAAUGCUUUUCUGCCUUUCUGUUCUCCUUCCUUUUUUGCACCUUUUGAGGCCUGCCUGAUUCAAAAUAGAUAUAUAUUAUUACAUGGUCUACAGCCAAUAAUAUUUAGCAUGGAAAAUCGAAAAUGUUCUGCUAAAGGUGGAUCGGUCUUUUCUAUUCUUUUGGAACUUACGCACGUUGAUCAAUUUGCAGCAACUACAGCAGUCGUGUAGGUAUGUUUUCUUAUUAUUUCUUUCUUUAUUUUGCUUGCAACCGAGAGCCUUUUGGAGUGAAUUUAGUGCACUUAAGGACUCCAGAGACAAUAUCAAGUGUCAAAAUGGCAGUUUAUUGAGUGCACACAGAGAUCAGAUCUGCAAUCAGACCUGUCUCCGGGGCUUGGCUUAUUGUUUAAAGUGGGUAGGGGAAACUGAUGUGAUACGGUACUUGAUUUCUCCGAUAUUAACUUUACCCACAAAACCAAAUGUCAUUCCAAGUACAUUUUGCAGUUUGGUUGGUUUUUGAGAUUAGAUGUGCUGGUGAUAUUAUGCUUUGAGAACAUGGUGUUUGUGGAGUCAUUUUUUAAAGGUGGUUAAAAAGGUAAUGCAUGGACAGCAAGGAAUGUAUCUCCAAAUAUAAAGACGUUUAAGGAAUCACCUCACAUAGGUUAUGCAAUAAAACAGCUACAUGUAUGCGUAUGCAAUGUUUGUCUGUUUUUAAGGCGAGUGGUUUGAGUGUGGGCUUGCUCAGGUUUGCUCAUAAGGCCUCAAAGGGUGCUUCAGUCAAACCUCCCCGUUUCCUUCUGAACUUCAUGUGAAGCUCUCCAGCAUCUGUGCUGAUUCUUAGAGGACAUAAACCCUGUUUGCACACUGGAUGAUUCCAAAUCUGCAUGCAUGAUUAUUAAAUUAAAAUAAAUUAGAUUUACGGGGGGGAAAAGCCUCACUGCCAGGAUAUUUCCAGUACAUUGCUUCUGGGCAUUUGGAUGUUCUGCAAAAUUAGUUUGUGAUCCAGGUGCAAACGAAAGGUUCUAUGUCUUUUCUUUCUCUCUAUUCCAGCUAGUGCUCCCUUUAGGCUUUAAGAUACAUGUGCAUGUCUGUUUUCGCUGUCAUGUUUGCACUGCUUCUGCUAGUUUUCCGUCUCAGUGGUCCACUGGCCACAUGCCACAGUUUCCAUAUGUUCAGCUGCUCUUGGAUGAGGUACCUGAUACAUAGGCCCAGACAGAACCGGCAUUUUCUUCACUAAUUUUUUAGGGAAAUAUGCAUGGGAUAAAAUCUGCUAAAUAGAGCUGAAAUUGGUUGAAAUCAAAACAUCCAAGAUAUUGAAUACAUUUGAUCUGUGUGGGCCUACAGGUACAAACCAGGUGUCACUAAUGCAAAAAUGAAUCCAAAUUGAAAUGUUUAUGCAAAUUAUUUGUAUAGUCUUGUUUACUGUUAACACAGACAUUGUGCAAAUGGUGCGUUUGUGGUUCUAAAAAAUAGCAAUUUUGAGGAAAAUCUUUACUUGCGAAUAAUUCUAGCGUCACUGUGAUCAAAACUCAAACCACGUUUUUAUCGCCUGUAGUCACUCAGGAGUCCUAACCAAUCAGAGGCCAGCUGACAAAUGAUUGGCUGAGAGAGCUUGCAGUCUGUGUGGAGAUAUUGGACUGCACCUCGUUAUAAUUGGACUGGGCCUUGAGGAAUCUAGUCACAUCGCUUGGAUGCAGCUAAAGAUGUACGGUGAGGCUGGAGUGCAGGAAAUUGAUCAAAUGUGAAGCUGCUUUGCAGUAGCGUUCAAGACAGUUUGGCAGAUAAUGUUCUGAGAGUCUCGGCACCGCAUGUUUCAACUUUCAGCUGAGUGGACCAGGUUCAGGAAGUCUUUAGGAUCCAUUCCCACCUAGUACGGAGGAGCAGGAAAGCUUAUGCAAGUUCUGGGCCAAAUGGACAUGUGUAACUCAGAAUAUCUCAACAAGAAUACACUCAAAACCUCUCAAUAUCUACUGUGAUCUCCUCUCACUCCACCACACCUCCGUCACGCCGGCCACCCGUUCUCCACCCCCAUCUCCUGCUGCACCUAUCAGUCCUAGUUUUUUGGGUGGUGUGAUGUCAGGUUUUCUUGUGGUGGGCUGUUUUUCGACAGGUCCAGACAAUCAGCGUGUUUGUCAAUGUCAAUGUGUGAUUUUCAAUCUCUUUGUUUAUGGUCAGGAUUUUAAAGGAAGAUAUUUUUAUGGUAAUUGUCGCUGGUCUAUUUUACUAUAUAUUUAUGUAAUAAAUAUGUGACUCAAUUUA